AUGCCUAAUAACUAUGUCUUUUCUCUCCAACCAACCUUCACCCAAGGCCUUAUUCUCGGACAGCUAUCCAUUCUCGUUCUUCUUGGAAUGAUCCUCAAAUUUCUCUUUCUCGACUCAACACAGCAUCCUUUCGAGUCCUCUUCUGUCGAUACCGACCUCUUGCGUCGAAAACGUGGUCUUGAGCCUCGUCAUCUGCCAGAGGAGCUUCUACACGAUAAUGCAGAGUCUGCGGAGUGGUUUAAUGUUUUGCUGCGACAAAUUGUUGACGUCUAUCGCUCCAAGUUACGAGAUGGGCUACCAGGAAUCGAGGGAGACGAAAUCGCGCGCAGGCGAAUAGAGAACUACGCCAACAAGAUACGGCCUUCAGGUUUCUUGGAUCAUAUCGAAAUCCAUUCCGUCGACCUAGGUGUGUCGGCCCCAGAACUCUUCAACGCACGUGUUCGACAAAAUGCACCUUCGCCAGCAGAGACCGAGUUCGACGCGACGUAUACAGACACUUUAUCGCUUUCGCUGUCAACAUCCUAUCUAUUCAAUUACCCCAUGCAGUCUUUUGCACGACUACCAAUCUCGUUGACCAUCUCCCUGUCUCAAUUCAAGUCGUCGAUAUGCAUAAUACCUCCUGAAAUAACCUCGCCAACACCCGUUCUCACCAUCAGCAUAUCACCAAAUUUCGUCCUUGACCUUUCAACAACUUCUCUUAUGGGGAGUCGCGCCAAACUUGCUAACGUUCCGAAACUGCACGAGCUUAUUCAACAUCAAGUCCGUCGUAUUCUCGCUGCAAGGGCGACCUGGAAAGUUGUGUUGCCAGGGUUGGCCAGCGUAGUUGACGUCAAGGAGGAAAUAAAAAAGGAAAUGUCAGACGCUGACCUUUCAUGA